ACAGUUUCAUGACUCAGAUGUGUUGCGUAGGAAUGAUGGGAAGUGUGUCUUUGACUGUGUACCAACGUGUUUCAUCAAACAGAAGUGAGGACUCUCUCUCAACACACAGAGGACACUUCUGAAAAGGAAAAGAAUCACACACCAUGACAGGCCAGCUACACACACAGCGGCUGCUGUCCAGGCAGUACCGCAGAGUCUUCUCUGUCAUUAACUCACAAAUUCACACCAGCUCUGGGCUGGCCGCUAAGGACCACUACAAAUUUCUGGUGCUCGGUGGUGGGACCGGUGGCAUAACUAUGGCCGCACGUAUGAAAAGAAAGGUCGGCGCGCAAAACGUGGCCAUCGUGGAGCCUAGUGAGGUGCAUUACUAUCAGCCGAUAUGGACAUUAGUUGGUGCAGGGGCCAAAAGUGUUGCAUCUUCUGGACGAUCAACAGCGAGUGUGAUUCCCUCAGGGGUGACAUGGGUCAGGUCCAAAGUGGCAGAAUUUGAUCCUAGGAACAACGUCGUCCUCACAGACUCUGGGAAAAAGAUUUCCUACGAUUAUCUGAUUGUAGCUCUUGGCCUUGAGCUGCAUUAUGAAAAGAUCAAGGGCCUGCCUGAAGGGUUUGACCAUCCCAAAAUCGGUUCAAACUACUCUGUGAAAACAGUGGAAAAGACUUGGAUUGCCUUGAAGAACUUUAAGGAGGGCAAUGCUUUGUUCACUUUCCCAAACACUCCCGUCAAAUGUGGAGGAGCGCCUCAGAAAAUCAUGUACCUUUCUGAUGCCUUCCUGAGAAAGACAGGAAAAAGGUCCAAAGCCAACAUUAUUUAUAACACCCCCUUACCAAAGCUGUUUGGGGUCAAGAAAUACGCUGAUGCCUUGUGGGAGAUUGUGAAGAAGCGGGACAUUAACAUAAACCUCAGGCACAAUCUCAUCGAGGUCAGGGCCGACAAACAGGAAGCCAUUUUUGAGAAUCUGGACAAACCUGGAGAGACAAAGGUUUACAAGUAUGAGAUGAUCCACGUCACCCCUCCGAUGGGACCUCCUGCAGUGCUGAAGGGCUCCUCGCUGGACGAUGCGACCGGCUGGCUGGACGUAGACAAGAACACUCUUCAGCAUAAGACUUACGCCAAUGUAUUUGGUAUCGGAGACUGCACCAAUCUACCCACGUCCAAAACAGCAGCAGCAGUAGCUGCGCAGUCUGCAGUACUCGACCGAACUGUCAGCCAAAUUCUGAGGAAAAAGACACCGGAUAAGAUGUAUGAUGGAUACAGCUCCUGCCCACUGGUUACCAGCUACAACACAGCGAUCCUGGCAGAAUUUGAUUAUGACGGACAGCCGCUGGAGACCUUCCCUGUGGACCAGAGCAAAGAGAGCAGGGUUAUGUACCACAUGAAAGCUGAUUUCAUGCCUAUUUUGUAUUGGCAUGGACUUCUCAAGGGAUUUUGGGGAGGCCCAGGACCAUUACGGACCAUCAUGCAUUUGGGAAUGAAGUAGAACAAACUUUUAUUUGGAAACAAAGCAAAAAUUUAUCCUUUUUCAUUAUUAACAAGUUUCUCUUAGACGAUGCUUGAUAUAAGUGGCUAUCCAGAGAUGUCUGCUUUUAAAUAUAGUUUGCUAGUUAUGUAUAAAUUCCCAUUACAAUGCUAUAUAAUAUUUUUGGCUGUGGCAUAAUCCAUGUCUUUGCGAUUAAAAAACAUUCUAUUUCU